GUCGGAUCGCCAGCUCUCACAAUUCGAUGUUUACGUCAUUGUUUGUUGCCUUUUUGAAGCCGUGUUGAAAGUGAUUUGAGUCGGUUCUCGCUGCUCUGUUUUAUCAACCGCACGUUGCAACACAUUUGCCUUAAAAAAAAAAAGCAUUUUGUCGCUGAAAAAACACGGACUCGCUCCAUCCUUCCGUCGUGAUGAGUCAAAGCUUUGCUAACUUCAGUCAGCUGUCAGCGCGAUUUCCUGACUGGACCACUCCAUCAUGGCCUCCUCCUCCCCAUCAGUUGGAGAUAAUCAACUGCAGAGGAUAAUCAGAGAUCUCCAUGAUGCUGUGUUUGAGUUGAGUAAAGAACACAACGAGGUUGGUGAACCUGUAACCGAUGACUGCCCCAACCUGCACAAGUUCUUCUACAAACUAGAAUACCUGCUACAGUUCGACCAGAAAGAGAAGACAACCUUUCUUGGUCAGAGGAAAGACUACUGGGAUUACUUCUGCGACUGCCUGAUUAAGAUCAAGGGAGCUAAUGAUGGCAUCCGUUUUGUUAAGUCCAUCGCUGAGUUGAAGACAUCACUGGGGAGAGGAAGGGCCUUCAUCCGCUAUUCACUCGUUCACCAGCGUCUCGCUGACACUCUGCAGCAGUGUUUCGUGAACCAGAAGGUCACAAGCGACUGGUACUAUGCCCGGAGUCCCUUCCUUAAGUCUCACGUCACUGCCGACAUAAUAAAUCAUCUUUACGAACUCAACCAGAUCCAGUUCGACGUGGCGGCCCGGGGUUACGACCUCGAUGCGGAUUGGCCGACUUUUGCAAGGCGAACCUUAGGUACGGCCUCGCCAGCUUUUGUGUGGAGGCCCCCCAGUCGCUGCUCCAGCAUCAACAGCCUCGUAAGCGGCUUCUCGCACUCACAGCAGGUGCAGGAGUUUGGCCCAGUCUCCGACCUCAGUCACGGCCCCCUGGGGGAGCUGGGGGAGCUGGGGGAGCCCUCCCCGUGCAGCGUUGCAGAGAACCUCCGCAUUGAGCUCGACCAGUCCGAGCUGCAGCGGCAGGAGCUUGUGGUGCGGGUUCAGGAUUUGGGGAAAGAGGCUGCCGAGCUGAAAGCUGUGGUUGAGGACCUUCAAAGCCAGCUGUUGGCAGCUCAGACGGCCUCGGGCAACUCUUCGUCCACGGCGGCCCAAAGUAGCCGGGACGCGGAUGGCGAGGGGGGAGCAAAUCGCCCUCAACCCGGCGGUGACGCGCUGAUCGGUGAACUUCAGGACAGACUCGCUGCGGCGGGGGAUAAAAACAUGGAGCUUCUCUCCAAGUUGGGCGAGGCCCUCGAAGAGAAGGGACAACAAACCACGAGCUACUGUGACUCGGCCUGGAAAAUCCAGGAACUCCUGGAUAGACUCAAGGCCGCGGAGGAGGAGAGGAUGGAAGCAAAGAGGGAGGCGGCCGACGGGGCCGGGCGCUGCGAGCGUCUGUCCCAGGAGCUGAAACUCCGGGGGGAAGAGCUGAGGAGCAGCGAGGCGAAGCUGGCCGAAGCCGAGUCCGGCGCCCGCGACGAGCGCGGGGCGGCGCUCGGCCGGCUGGAGGAGCUCCAGGGCGCCGUCGGCCGAAUUCAGGGGGCGCUGAGCGUGAAGGAGAAAGAGACGGGGAACCUGAGAGCCCAGCUUCAGGACCUCCAAGCGUCGCUGGAGUGCAGAGAGCGACGGGCGGAGGACCUCAGGAGGAGGCUGCACGAGGAGCGGGACGAGGUCGAGCAGAGAUGCAGCACGAGCAGCAGCCUCAACGAGAAGCUCAAGAGCCAGCUGCUGGACGCGAGGGCGGCCCUGAAAAAACGAGAGAAAGAGCUCGCCUUCAGUUCAGAGAAAAUCAAGCAUUUCGAGGAGCAGGCGGAGAAGCUAAACGCCGAGAGGGAGCGCCUGAGCUCCGGAUCGGCUGACGACGAAGUCGCUUCCUCCGAGGACUACGAGGCCAAAUGCGGCGUCCUCAUGGAAACAAACGCUAAGCUGCUCCAAACCGUGAAAACAAGGGAGCUGAGCAUUACGGAGCUGACCGAGGGCAGGACCGCCCUGUUGGACCAGCUGGAUUCUUUCAGAGCUCGUGAGAAGCACUUAAAGGGCCGGGUUGAGGCCGCCAAGAUGUGCGUGGAAGACAGGGAGAAGAAGCUUCUCGACGACAACCUGCAUUUGGAGGAGAUGGCCCAGAAGGUGCUCGUCCAGACGGAGGCACGUGAUGCUCAAGCCAAGAGGCUGGAGCAGGAGAACAAGGAGCUUCUCCAGGUCCAGUCUUUGUUGAGGAAAACGUCGGCCGCAACUCAACGAGAGCUGGACUCGGUCGCCGCCAAAGCUGCACAGCUGGACAAGAGCCUCAUCGCGUCCCAAAGAAGCCAAGCGGAGUUACUCGAAAAACUCCGGGACGCUGAGGCCAAACUGAGCGAGCAGACCGUGGAACGCGGGCGUCUGCGAGCUCGAGCAGAGGAGCCGGAGAGCAGGAGCGGCGAGCCUCACGGCGAAAAGGGAGCCGCGGAGAGCAACGAAAAAACGCCGAAGCUUCACGACGAGCAUCAGAAGUCCUCGUCCUCGGACACCAAAGAGGCCCCGCUGCGGCUGGCUGCGGCCGAGGCCCGGCUGGAGCUCAACCUCCGGGAGGUGCGGCGGCUUCAGGACGAGGCGGCGGAGCUCCGGGCUCAGCUGCUCGCGGCGACGGAGGAGCGGAUGAAGGUCCAGGCGCUCCAGGAGGUGACGGAGUCCUCCAGAGAGGACCUCCGCGUCCUAGCGGAGCAGCUCAAGGCCCAGGUGGAGGAGCUGAACCGCCGCCACGUGGAGGAGAUCCUGCGAUCGCGGGAGCGGGAGGACGCCCUCCUCCGGGAGCGCGACGGCGAGGCCCGGGCCCGGGCCGGCCUGGCGGCGGAGGCGGCGGCCUCCCGGGAGGAGCUCGCCGCGCUGAAGUCGCGCCACGAGGCCCUGUGCGUGGAGAGCAGCGAGUCCAGGGAGGCGCUCCACAGAGCCAACACGGAGACGGCGGAGCUCGGCGUGCGCGUGUGCAUGCUGACCGGCGAGAGCGAGGAGGCUCGCCUGCGCUGGGAGGGCCUGUCCACGAGGCUCCAGGAGCUGGACGGGGAGGCGGCCCGGGAGGCCGAGAGGCUCAACGCGUACCUGGAGCAGCUGAGGCGGGAGAACCAGCGGCUCCUCCAUCAGCUGCUCCGCGGCGGCGGCGACGAGGCCGGAGAGGCGGCCGGCGCCGUGCGGGAGGCGAGCGGAGAGGAGGUCCAGGAAAUCCAACUGCAGGAGUUACAGGAAGUAAAACUGGAGGCGACGGAGCGGGAGAAAGUGCUCGAACUGGAGAACCGAUUCAAACAGCUGGAGGCUGAGAAUCAGAGGUAUUGCCAACAGAUUGAGGAGAAAAACAUCCAGAUGGCCGAUUCCGAAAAUCUCAUCCAGCAGAAAGAAGACGAAAUAAUCCAUCUGAAAAGGGAUUUAUCAAGGUCCGAGGCCGCUCUGACAGCUGCUCGGCAAACCUGUCAGGAGAUGAGCGAAAACCUACGGAGAGUCACCAUGGACAAACAGAGCUUGGAUCUCAAGGCGGCCGCCGAACUCGACGACCUGUACCGCACCAAAAUCAACUUGGAGGAGCGGCUCGUGGAGCUCAUCAGGGAGAAAGACGCGCUGUGGCAGAAGUCCGACGCUCUGGAGUUCGAGCAGAAGCUGCGGGACGAGGAGACGGAGAGAGACGUCAACUACUGCCUGGGCUGCCACAGCCAGUUCAGCUGGUGGCUCCACAAGCACAACUGCAGGCUGUGUGGGCGGCCCUUCUGCUACUACUGCUGCAGCAACGCCGUGAGCACCCGGCACGGCGUCCACAGGGAGCGCUGCUGCGCCGACUGUUACAACCAGCACAGCGCGGUAACAGAGCGCCACCCGCAGGAGGAGGCGACUCACAGCGCGCCGGGAACACCCUUCAGUCGGCUGCUGCAGGCCGGCAGAGCUGUGGCGAGCAGCUCAGGAGCAGACGAGGGUGAAAAGCUGAGUGAUGGUGUUUUUGACAUCAUCACAGAGGAGGAGGUGAGCGGGGUCUUCGACAGUGACUCCCUCUCUUUUGCCACCGCCUGCUCCCCCGGACACAGACAGCAGGGGGCAGCAACACUAAACGGCAGCGCCAGCGCUGGAGACCUGGCGUCGGACGACACCGAGGACCUCGGUGCUGCGGUACAGGAUGCGGAGAUCUGCCUGCUGAAGUCCGGGGACCUCACGCUCUCCGUCCUCUUCACAGUGGAGGACAUCUCAGGGUUUGGGGACAGCUCUCGAGAGCUCUUCAUCAAGUCCAGCUGUUACAGCACCAUCCCCAUCUCCGUGAGUAGCCCCGGUCCGACGGUCUCCUGGACCUUCACCUCCGAACCGAAGAGAAUCUCCUUCAGCGUGAUCUACAGGGAGAGUGCGGAGACGCCCCUGGAGCAGGCCAAGGUCUUGAUCCCGCUGACCCGCUGCAACUCCCACAGAGAGACAAUCCAGGGCGAACUGAAAGUCCGACACGCCGGGGAAUACACGCUGGUCUUUGACAACUCUUUCUCCAGGUUCAUCUCGAAGAAAGUGCUGUACCACCUGAGUCUAGACAAGCCCGUCGUCUAUGACGGCACCGACCUCCUCUGAAGGCCACGGCGAUGGUUUACCAACCUCUAUGCAUCGAAAUGAGAACAGAGACAAACCGUUUUUUACACCUUUUUAAAAAGUUGUAGUUUAAAUUUGACACCAAAUUUUACUCCGAGAUGAUUUUUACAUCAUGAUGAUGAUGAGAUUUUAGGACUGUUGUGUGUUUUGAGUGCGAGGAACUUGGUUGCCUGUGCGCAUGCAGAUUUCCUAGCGCACGGAGAUGUAGCCUCUGUUAGCAACGUUCCUUUAGCUGCAUUCUUGUCGCAGUAAAGCUGCAUUUUUAAACCGUUAGCAUGAGGCGCAGUUGCUUCAUAUAACACUGUUUACGUUAUUUCCCCCGUCUCAGAAAGUCCAACUACUGUCUUCUUUUGAUGUGCUAUUUGCACAGUUACAAAAUACAUUUUAAGUGAUCAAUAUAGGGUAUCUGUUCGUUGAAUAUGUGACAAAUCAUUUCAUUGAUGAAAAUAAUACUUCAUAUAAUGUGAAGAAUCCUGUCCUACUAAUUGAUUGGAACAUAACCCACAAUAGGCCGAAUGCACCUAGCAGAGAACUACCCCAUUAUAAAAGUGAAGGAAUCACAUGAAUAGGAGAUGGAAAAAUACACUUUUCUAUCUAGUUUAACUUUAACCUUAAAUGUGUUUGUUUGACCUUGCUUUAAUACUUUUUUGGCACAUUAGUUAGUAUUUAAUGUAUCCAACUCUUUAAAGACACAGAAUUAUUGGUAGAGAAACUAAAAGCUGGUUUCAAAGUUCAUGCUCAUUCAGUCGGUACGAUACCCUUCUGCCCUGUUGCCUUCUUCUUCUUCUUCACGUGUUGCGUUGUUCACGAUGAAGCAGAACAGGAAGAAGGCUGCACCUCGGCCACGAAACGGUGAUGACCCUGACACACAUAUUUCCCAGAUUCAACCCUUCGAGGGUCAGACAAAAAAGCAGGGGAGCACAUAUCAAAAUAUUUAAAAUAUUUCCAUGUGUCUGUCAGGUGAAGAUUUUUUACAUGUCAUUUAGCUGACGCUUUUAUCCAAAGCGACUUACAUUGGAUUGUAACCCAAGGCUUACAUUUUACCUGACUUACAUGAAGACAUUAUUUAUUUUAUUUUGGAAACAGAAAUAAUUGCAAUAAGAAUUACUUUUAUUUUGCGUCUGCUUUUCUUUGUUCUUUUAUACAGUUAUAUAUAUAUAUACUGUUGCUUCGUUGAUGUUCUGCAGUGUGUCAAAAAGAAAUGUCAUUCGGCCUUCAAAUAAUCCAUGUUUAAAAAUCACUUUUAUACUUACGUGGACCUUUCAUUUGAAGGCUUUAAUGUUCAAACAUACCUUUAUUUCUCUAUUGUGUCUUCACUCAUCAUUUGAUGAUACCCACGUGAAUUUUUCAGAAACAUCGCUUUGCUGUACAACAAUUAACUUCAAAUCAUCGUCUUCCAGUAUUACGAAUCCGUUUUUUGAACGCGAAGAUUAGGAAAUUGGUAAAUGACACUAAAACAUGUCUGAGAGAUAUAUUGCCAAAAAGAAUCUAUUCUAUUGUUGUCGAAUGGGAGUUCAAAGGCAUUGCCACAUGACUGCUGUUUAAUGCACUUUUGAAAGGACAUUUUGUCCGUCUGUAUCCCAUGAGCCUUUGUGCCAGUUGAUGAAUGUAGUCUUUUUUUUUUAAAUUUUUAUUUGUUUGAAUCUCGUGCGAGAGUGAUUGUAGGCGUGAUUGUAGAUGUUUACUGCUGGGAUUGACGAAGGGAAGCUUUCAUUCUCGGACUUAACCUGAAGUAUAAUUUACAUGCUAAAGAAUUAUAAUAGAUUGGAUUUAAGGUUGUGGAGAAAUAAAUAAGCACUGUGUGAUAACCCACUGAAGGAGAAAUUUGACUGUGUCUGCUAAUUAUUAUCCCAUCUAGUUAUUUUGAUAUUCUGAUAUUUCUCGUGAAUGAGUUUUUGUGCGUUUGGUGUGUGGCCCAUAAUUACGUGUGUAACGUGAACACAGCAUACAUACAGCCUUACAGAGCUGCUAGCAUACCAAUUAGACAAAGUAUAUACGACGAGUCCUCUCACAGAAACGAUGUCUUGCACAAGUAAUAAAUAUGUCACU